AUGGCCGUGUUGUCUGAAAUCGAAGAGCCGCCGCAGCCGCCGCAACCACCGGCGGAGAGGCCAGCUUCGGGCGAUAGUAGCUCUCGAGCGCGCGAAUCGGGCGAAAGUGGUAACGGAACGGACGAGUUUCCGUACGAUGGCUCGCUGACGUCGCUGCUCAGGCAGCACGACGAUCGACCGUUGGAUCUGCUUCGGACGGUCGUUGGAUUUUUGCGACGAAAGUCGGAUUUCUUUGCAGACGCGCGAUCGGAGACUGAAGCGGGGAAGCUGAUUUCAUCGGCGCGAGUUCAGUUCGAGCGGGAGAGGCGAGACCGCGAGCAGCGGAGAGAGCAGGAGAAGGCGGAAACGGAGAGACUAGAAAAGGAACGAGAGAAGGCGAGAAUAGAAACCGAGAGGAAAGAGCAGGAGAGGAGGGAGAGGCAGGAGGCGGCAGGAAAGGGGAAGGAGAAGGAAGCGGUUGGGAGUGGUGAAGAGGGGAAGGACGGUGCGUCUGCGAUGGAGAUAAGCGAAGGGGAAGGGAAGGAGAUGGAGGAGGACGGAGAAGAGCCAGUUGCGAGCGGGAAACUGAAACCAUCCCCGGGCAACGGCGCGGAUCUAGGGCGAUAUUCCUUCACACAGACUCUGGGCGAACUCAAUCUGGCGAUCCCCCUGCCUGCGGGCACCAAGGCACGGGGAGUGACAGUGGAGAUCAAGAAGACGAGGCUGGUGGCUGGGUUGAAGGGGCAGGCGCCCGUGCUGGAGGGCGAACUAUGGGCGCCAGUGAAGGUGGACGACUGCAUCUGGAGCAUUGAGGACAACCCUGGGGGCGGUCGAACCCUUUCCAUCCUUCUCACCAAGGUCAACCGCAUGGAGUGGUGGAGUGCGGUGGUGAGGGGCGAGCCGGAGAUCGACACUCAGAAGGUGGAGCCUGAGAACAGCAAGCUGGGCGACCUUGAUGCUGAAACGAGGCAGACUGUAGAGAAGAUGAUGUACGACCAGCGGCAGCGGCAGAUGGGGCUACCAACGAGUGAGGAGCAGCAGAAGCAGGAGAUUCUCAAAAAGUUCAUGGCUCAGCACCCUGAAAUGGAUUUCUCCAACGCCAAGUUCUCCAUGUGA